UUGACCACUCGCUCUGUCACUCAUACUGCUUACGGCGCAGAGAAAAACCAAAGCGAAUGGCGUCGCCGUUCUCCCACGCGCCUCCCGUUCGCUCCGUCCUCCGGCCCAAGCCGAGCCCUCCCCGGUCCCUCCUAGCUCUCCGAGAUUCGUGUCGUGGACGGUCGGACGGCUCCGGAUGUUCGCUGCGCUCGGCCGCGAGCUACGUGAGCAUCCGCGGCGGCGCCGGCGCGGCGAAGCUCCGUUGCGAGAGGCGCGUUAACCCCGGACGAUUGUUGCCAAAGAGCUGGACUAGAGAUCGUAAUCUUGACUGGAGACGGUGUUCACCGUUCAAUUUUCUCAACUUUGAGUUUGACGCGAUUCGAUUGUCACAAAGAGGUUUUGAUGUAAGCUCCCAGCAUGAGCUCGAAUUAGACCUUUCAAGAGCAGGAGUUGUGACAUGUGCUACUACCGAAGAAAUAGAAGCUGAGAAAUCUAUGAUUGAAAAAGAUGUCAAACAAAGAAUGGAAAAGACUAUUGAAACGGUUCGAUCAAAAUUUAAUUCCGUCAGAACAGGAAGGGCGAACCCAGCUAUGCUGGACAAAGUUGAGGUGGAGUACUAUGGGAGUCCAGUCAGCUUGAAGAGCAUUGCUCAAAUCAGUACACCUGAAGCAAGUUCUCUCUUAAUUCAGCCAUAUGAUAAAUCCAGCUUAAAGGCGAUAGAGAAAGCCAUUGUCAGCUCUGAUCUUGGUAUGACGCCAAAUAAUGAUGGAGAAGUAAUCCGCCUAUCUCUCCCACAACUCACAACUGAAAGAAGGAAGGAGUUGUCAAAAGUUGUGGCAAGGCAGGCUGAAGAAGGGAAGGUGGCAUUGAGGAAUAUAAGAAGAGAUGCCUUGAAAGCCUAUGAAAAGCUAGAGAAGGAGAAAAAACUUUCAGAAGACAAUGUGAAAGAUUUGUCUGGUGAUUUGCAGAAGCUGACGGAUGACUAUAUGAAGAAAAUUGACACCAUCUACAAGCAGAAAGAGAAGGAGUUGCUGACUGUUUAAGGAACAGGCAUCCUGGGUAAAGUUCUGUCAAGAUCCCUUCCGAGAGAGAGUACAGAGGUUAUAAAUAGUUACCGGCAAUCAGGGAUGCAUGGACUGCUGAAUAUGCUUAUACAUGCAUCGCAAUUCUUUUGGAGUGAUAAUGACAGUUUGGUCGAAAUCGAUAGUUUUAUUCGUCGAAGAUAAUCUUUGGCCUACAUAAGAUCUUCAACCGGCAGUUCCUUUGCAUAACUCUCAAUAUUAACCGCCUCCAUGACAUUGUGGGAAUGUAAUGAGUAGUAAAUUAUUAGGGAUAGCGGAGAGGCGGAUAUGGGCAGGCUGAACACGUCCCUAACCUAGCGCUUGAUCGCACUUGUUAGAUGGAGUCCUAAUCCAUCUCUUUUGUGAGAACGUAAAUGCUGGUUAUUUUCAUCUUUUGUAUAUCGGAGAUUAAGAUACAUAAAAAUUUUCAUUUCUUGU